UCCACUCCCUCCUCACGUAUUUUAAUGCUAGCUAAGAUGGUGGUUUGAGCGUAAAUUGUCUCCUCAAUACUAAGAAAAGACAGGGGCAAGAAAAAAGACCUUUCUAGCUUUUUAAUUAAAACGGAACAACACAUCCACGGCUAUCCCAAGGGAACGCUUCGAGAUAUUUUGACAUUUCACACACAUUGGCUCGCAGUCCCCGCCCAAUUCGGUGUGACUCUUGGAGUGGAAUCCUAAGCUAAAUACGAACAGGCUCUGUGCUGCGUGUCCGCUUCAACGCUCAGCCUCGCCGCACCGUAGGAUGUCCCAUAGCCCUGAAAUUAAGGACGACCCCAUGGAGUGCCCCCUGUGCAUGGAGCCGCUGGAGAUCGACGACGUUAACUUCUUCCCCUGCACCUGCGGCUACCAGAUCUGCCGCUUCUGUUGGCACCGCAUCCGCACAGAUGAGAAUGGCCUUUGCCCGGCCUGCAGAAAGCCAUACCCAGAGGACCCCGCUGUGUACAAGCCUCUGUCGCAGGAGGAGAUCCAGAGGAUAAAGAACGAAAAGAAGCAGAAACAGAACGAGAAGAAGCAAAAGGUGACAGAGAACCGCAAGCACUUGGCCAGCGUCCGAGUGGUCCAGAGAAACCUGGUUUUCGUGGUGGGACUCUCGCAGCGACUCGCCGACCCGGAGGUCCUAAAACGACCCGAGUAUUUUGGGAGGUUUGGGAAGAUCCAUAAAGUGGUCAUCAACAAUAGUACAUCUUAUGCCGGGUCACAGGUCCAGGGACCGAGUGCCAGCGCGUACGUCACCUACGUCCGCCCCGAAGACGCUCUAAGAGCUAUACAGUGUGUGAACAACGUGGUGGUUGAUGGCAGAACGCUCAAGGCUUCUUUAGGCACAACAAAGUACUGCAGUUACUUCCUCAAAAGUAUGCAGUGUCCUAAACCUGAUUGUAUGUAUCUACAUGAGCUAGGAGAUGAAGCGGCUAGCUUUACGAAAGACGAAAUGCAGGCAGGGAAACAUCAAGAGUAUGAGCAAAAACUCCUACAAGACCUGUACAAAAUCAACCCUAGCUUUCUACAACCUCCGGCGUGCGGAACGGAAAAGUCAAAGAGUAAAUCGGGCUUAACACAAAGACAAAACAGUAGCAAUGGCAAAGAUGGGUGGCCCACGUUGUCAGGUCACGGCAAAUUAGCCAAUGGCCUUUCAGAGGACCGCAAGUCCCCUCCGCUGCUAGACUAUCUAGACCAAGAGGGUCUCGCUUCAGAUGGUCUAGAUGCAGACCUCCGUCCCGGCCAGUGCACUGCCAUGUCCCCCUUCUCCUCCAACUGUGACAGCAGCAGCCCCAGCGACAAGCCUUCCGAGUCGAUCAGUAUGGUGAACGGUGAUACUUUACAACAGAUACCCACAAGUGACUCCCCAUCCCCUCCCCCGGGUUUAACCAAGCCCAGCCUGGUGGUGCCCAUCAGCGUGUCUGAGCUCACGGCCCGCUCGCCUUUCGAGGGCGCGGCGGCGGAGUCGCAAUCGCUCUUCUCGGACAACAGCAAUUUCAGACACCCCAACCCCCUCCCCACUGGUCUGCCUCCAUUUCCUAGCAACCCCCGCAGCGCUGACUGGCCUAUGACUCCGGAACCACACAGCCUCUUCACAUCAGACACGAUACCGGUGUCGUCUUCCACGGACUGGCAGGCGGCCUUCGGCUUUGGCUCAUCCAGCAAACAGCAGGACGACGACCUGGGCUUCGACCCGUUCGACGUCACCCGCAAAGCCCUGGCCGACCUGAUCGAGAAGGAGCUGUCCGUGCAGGACCAGAGCCCCGCCUCCCCGGGGCCUCGUGCCCAGGGAAACAAUCAUGGGCCCGGCCUGCCGCCCCCGAACGGCAACGCCGGUACCUCUCAUCACUUCCCCGCUGGCGUGCCUCGCAUCCCGCAGCUCCAUCACAGAGCCAUCUACAGCUCGUGCAGUUUCCCCGGCACGCACAGCGGCCAGCCCAGUCAGCAGCAGCAGCAAGCCAGACACCCCUGGAUGGGCAUCCCCUCGCGGAAUAACCUCACACACUUGAACCACUCAGCCAGCGCUGCCUCACACGGUAAUUUCCUGGACCUGAAUCUGCCUCCUCAGCACAGCACAGGUCUGGGAGGGAUCCCCAUUUCAGAAAACAGCGGCUCUAUAGAAGGCCUAAAGGUGAAAGAGUGGCAAGAUGGCCUCAGAGCUCUCCUGCCCAACAUCAACAUCAACUUCGGGGGCCUUCCCAAUUCCUCGUCCUCCUCGUCCUCCUCGUCCUCAAACAGUGUUAACCACAUCGCUGGGCCGGCGGGCAUUUCACACAGCCUGAGCUGGGACAGCACGGCCAGCUUGAUGGACCCUGCGAUCAUCACAGGCAUCCCGGCCUCGGCAGGCACCAGUUUAGACUGUCUCCAGGAUGACAACCCCCCACAUUGGCUCAAGUCCCUGCAGGCGCUCACCGAGAUGGACGGUCCGGCCAGGUCGGUGGCGGCGCCCGUCGCUCAGCCCCUCCACAGCGCCCUCCUGGACGGCCACCUCCCCCUUCACCACAGAGCCGCCCCUGCCGGCUGGGCCCCCUACAUGCCCCCUGCCACAGCCAACCCCCUCAGCCACUUCCACUCCCCCCCGCCAGGCUUCCAGACCGCCUUCAGACCCCCGGGACAGCCCGCCACAGAGUUGCUACAGAGUGCCGCCGCGGACCGCCACUAAAUGCAAGACUACAACCACCCAUUUAUCCCACUCAUCAUCUACCCCCAUUCCCACCCCUUCUUUACCUCUCAAAAGCGAAACACAUCAUUCUGCAGAGUAUGAAAUAUGAUUAACAAAGUAACAACUAUGCUUUUGGUCCACUUUUUUUUCUCUGUUUUUGUUUGUGGCACACAUUAAUCCAUAACCUGCGUCUGCGACCCUCACCACUCCUUAGAACUAGAUGGGCGGGAGGUGGUGGGGCAGCAUAGCACAGCACUGAGCACCCCAAAACUGACAACGAUUCAAUUAAGCUUAAGUAAGGGUCUUCUUUUUAAACGUAACUAACAAUGAAGUGUAAACCGUUGUUGGACAGUCGCGCCGUCUAAUAGUCGCAAAGCAAAGCUGUGAAACGAGGAUGAAAGUUUUUGCUUGGCUUUAUCACUUGCCGAGAGGUGCCGGAGAAUAAGGUUUCGGGAGGAUUACAGGGCACAGGUUAUGCAUGGGGCUCCACGUAAUGUGGGGUGGGGGCACACCGAAAGGCCCCCGGCUCGAGUGCCCUGGUGGCCCACAUUCCCUCUACUGGGGACGUUUUUGCUGAACCUCUGUAUCAGAGGGUAGAGCAGUGCCCGAUUGCAGGAGAGGGGCGGGUUAGAAGAGGGCACGAGGGGUCCGGACCCCGUGGGAAAUGGUGGCACAUAUCCUGAGCACGAGGGUUAGACUCCUUACUCACAGUGCCACCGUGUGGUACCUACAGUAGCUUAGCCCUAACAUGGACAGCCACCAAGUAAAUGGAAGGAACACUAGACGGAGGUGAUUUGAAGUACUAAUUGGGCAGCCGAGGAAGGUGGGCGACCCCCCACACCCCCGCCUUGUCGACCCGUGAGGGCUUUAAUUGAGGCCUUAAUGUGGAGCGAAGGGAGAUUGGGGCUCGAGUGCAUGGAGGAGGUGAGGUCUCAUGUGAAUGAUUGCAAUUAUACUCAGCCCUUGACAUGACGAGGGGAGCAGCUUUUUAAAAUGUGCGGCACGAGAGAUGAAACAUGCACAAACGUCUGCAACAUACAGAUUUUUGUCCACAAAUUAAAUAUACAGUGCUCAGUUAAAAA